UUUAUCAUCAUCUUCUGCAGAGACACCAUCACCAAAACGAUUUAAAACAGAUUUAGAGCCCGAUCAGGAAGUAAUCAUUUACGAUGAUAAUAAAGAAGACAUUGACUUUUUAAAAGGGGAAACAUCUAGCACAUCUACUGCGUCUGAAACCCAAGAUGAAAUUAUCAAGAUGUUACCGGGAGUAGAUACAGAAACUACUGCUGAUACUGCUACUGGCCCUCAAACUAGUUGUAGAGGAAUACUGUCUGUAGUUGUUCCAAAAGUACAACCAUCUAAAAAGGAUACCGUUUUGAAACAGAAGAAAAAAAUUAAAAUCUUACAACAGUCUGUUAGAAGACAUUGGACAUGGGUAAGGACCCUUCAUUCUUUAAUAGAAGUUUUAAAGAAGAAGGCAAUGAUCACGGACAAUGCAGAGACAACUUUAAUGAACAUCAGUGCUACCAGCGAGCCUGUUACAUGCAGACCUUGUUUGAAUUCACUUGGUACACAUGGCGGGUUUUUAAAGGAAUACUUUAAUGCACAGGAAAACUACAAAAGUGCUGAUAAUGAGUCUGUUAUUAAAUCUGAAAAGAUUAAAAUAAAACUGGAAGACGAUCAGGAUGAGCAAGAGAAAUAUGAAAGUGGUGAAAUGCCGGUUUAUAUCAAAUUUGAGGAAAUUGAAAUAAAGGGAGAAGAGGAUCGGGAUGGUGUCCCUUCUUCGUAUGACUUAGACGCUGAGACAAUUGAAAGCAAGAAAAGACGCAUUUCAGAAGAUGUAGGAGUAAUAAAAGAAGAAUAUAAAUGUGAGACAGGAUUUAACGAAAACUACGGAAUGUUAAUUGACAACAACCAACUACCCAAAUAUGAAAAGUCUUGA